AGAGGGAGGAAAGGGGGCGCGCGGUAGGGCAUUCAGGAGAAGGAAGGAGCCAGCUCGGGAGCGGGGGAAGAGCCGCGCGGGUCGACCCGGCGGGCUCCGGCUUCGCUCCCUCGCCCCGGCCGCUGAGAGGCGAUGGCGGAUACUGACAAGCUCAACAUCGACAGCAUCAUCCAACGGCUGCUGGAGGUAAGAGGGUCAAAACCCGGUAAAAAUGUGCAACUUCAAGAGAACGAAAUAAGAGGAUUAUGCUUGAAAUCUCGAGAAAUCUUUCUCAGUCAACCCAUUCUGCUAGAACUUGAAGCACCGCUUAAAAUAUGUGGUGACAUCCAUGGACAAUACUAUGAUUUACUUCGACUCUUUGAAUAUGGAGGUUUCCCACCAGAAAGCAACUAUCUAUUUCUUGGUGACUAUGUUGAUAGAGGGAAACAAUCUUUAGAAACAAUUUGUCUUUUACUGGCCUACAAGAUAAAAUACCCAGAGAAUUUUUUCCUCCUUAGAGGGAACCAUGAAUGUGCCAGCAUUAAUAGAAUUUAUGGCUUCUACGAUGAAUGUAAAAGAAGAUACAACAUCAAGCUGUGGAAAACCUUUACAGACUGCUUUAAUUGUUUACCAAUUGCAGCCAUUGUGGAUGAGAAAAUAUUCUGCUGUCAUGGAGGCUUAUCGCCAGACCUCCAAUCAAUGGAACAAAUCCGACGAAUUAUGCGGCCUACUGAUGUGCCAGAUCAAGGCCUGCUUUGUGAUCUAUUGUGGUCUGACCCUGACAAAGAUGUCCUGGGAUGGGGAGAAAAUGACAGAGGAGUUUCUUUCACGUUUGGAGCUGAAGUGGUAGCAAAGUUCCUUCACAAACAUGAUUUGGAUCUUAUAUGCAGAGCUCAUCAGGUGGUUGAGGAUGGAUAUGAGUUCUUUGCAAAAAGGCAACUGGUAACUCUGUUUUCUGCCCCAAAUUACUGUGGGGAGUUUGACAAUGCGGGUGCUAUGAUGAGCGUGGAUGAGACUCUAAUGUGUUCCUUCCAGAUUUUGAAGCCUGCUGAGAAGAAGAAGCCCAAUGCUAGCCGGCCUGUAACACCACCCAGGGAUGGUCCUCCUCCAAGCCGCCGCAAUCCGGGUCGCCGGGACUUGGGCUGCAACUGCGCUCCUCCCUCCUCGUUCUCUCUUUUCAUUAUGAAAAUAAAUCCCACUUUAUGCACCAAUGAAUAGCAGGAAGGCGGAGAA